CAGAUGCUGCCCCCGUGGACCCUCAGCCUUCUCCUGCUGGCCACAGUCAGAGGGAGAGAGAUCUGCUAUGCACCUCUUGGUUGCUUUUCUGAUGAAAAACCAUGGGCAGGAAUCAUUCAGAGGCCUUUGAAGCUAUUUCCCUGGGCCCCCGAGGACAUCCGCACUCGUUUCCAUCUGUACACCAAUGAAAACCCAAACAACUACCAACUGAUCACGGCCACUGACCCAGCCACAAUUGCAGCUUCAAACUUCCAAUUGGACCGCAAGACUCGCUUCGUCAUCCAUGGCUUCAUAGAUGAGGGCGAAGGGAACUGGCUGCUGGACAUGUGCCGGAAAAUGUUUCAAGUAGAGGAAGUCAACUGCAUCUGCGUGGACUGGAGCCACGGGUCACGAACAGCCUACACCCAGGCAGUGCACAACAUCCGCGUGGUGGGGGCAGAGAUCGCCCUGUUGGUCCAAGUGCUCUCGACCGAGAUGGGAUACAGCCCCGAAGACGUGCAUCUCAUCGGCCACAGCCUGGGCGCACACGCGGCCGCGGAAGCGGGCAGGAGACUGGGGGGCCUCGUGGGCAGGAUCACAGGGCUGGAUCCAGCAGAGCCCUGCUUCCAGGGAGCGCCCGAGGAGGUUCGGCUGGACCCAUCCGAUGCAGAAUUCGUGGAUGUGAUUCACACCGACAUGGCUCCCAUCAUCCCUUUCCUAGGUUUUGGAAUGAGCCAGAAGGUGGGUCACCUGGAUUUCUUUCCAAAUGGAGGAAAGCACAUGCCAGGAUGUCAGAAGAAUAUCCUGUCCACCAUCAUUGACAUAGACGGGAUCUGGGAAGGAACCCACAACUUUGUAGCCUGCAAUCACCUCCGGAGCUACAAGUAUUAUGCCAGCAGCAUCUUGCAACCUGAUGGCUUCCUGGGAUAUCCCUGUGCCUCCUACAAGGAAUUUGAGGAGAACGGUUGCUUUCCUUGUCCACCUGAAGGAUGCCCCAAAAUGGGGCACUUUGCUGACCAGUUUCAGGGGAAAAAUAGCACUGUGGAACAAGCCUUUUUUCUGAACACAGGAAGUCGUGGUAACUUUACUCGUUGGAGAUAUAGGGUAUUGGUCACGCUGUCUGGAAAAAGAAAACUGAAUGGAUACAUCAGGGUUGCGUUGUACGGGAGGGACAGAAAUUCAAGACAGUAUGAGAUUUUCAAAGGAUCCCUCACACCUGGUGCAAGCCAUGUUCGUGACAUUGAUGUGGACUUGCAUGUUGGAGAAAUCCAGAAGGUUAAAUUCCUGUGGAACAACCCCGUGAUCAAUCUUCUCAGGCCCAAGCUGGGGGCUUCCCAGAUCACAGUGCAAAGUGGCGGAAAUGGGACUGAGUACCGCUUCUGCAGCAGCUACACGGUGAAAGAAGAUGUGUUACAGUCCCUCUACCCGUGUUAA